AUGUUGUACUGUGCAUUGUUCUGCAGGUACGGAUGGAUUCAGGGUGGUUUGAUUGCCAUCCCUCGAGUAUUCGCUCUCCCCCAUUGUGCGAAUAGCGCUACAGGGGUCUACACCAUUCAAAAGCCAUCCAGCAAUACUUUUGACGUGUUCUGCUUCAAUGCGACAGAAUAUGAAAAUUGUAGUCCUGAGAUUUCAUCACCAACCCUGUCUCUUGCUGAGCUCAACGUGACCGGGAUCAGCCAGGUUCUCUCCGCCCUAGGGAAACACAUUCCCAGCAGUUUACAGACUACCAAAGCUGUAGAACACCCAAUGGCCCGGCCAGCAGAAAGCCAUGACGUUGUUACUAUAGGAACCGUGGCAGCAGAGAGUGAAUUGCUAACCCUCACGCCAAGGCCUGAUGAGUCUUUGCCCCAAAGUUCAUCACGAUCGCACAUCCAGUCAUCGGUGUCACCUUCCAGAAAAUCAGGAGCUGCAAAAAAGCAGGCAACGCGAGCUGUAACCGGUGUGACUGCCAACUACACAGUGGAGCUGGGCAUGUCACCCACUGUACCAGGAUAUAUAACCAACAAUCUCCCUGAAACCAUGUCACCAAGUUUGCAAAAGAAUGCCAGUAUGCCAGUGAAUGGCUCUGAGCACGUUGGUGAUAUGACACUGUACGAUGAGUCAAAUAGGCAAAUAUCAUUAAAAACAGAGAAUCAAGUUACAGAAAACAAACUGCAACAUCAUUCAGAGACAGAAUUGACAGGAAUAGACACCAUCACUCAUUCUUCCUCUUCUGCACUGAUUUCAGACAAUCUCCUUGAAGUUAAUGUAACAAUGAACCACACCGAGGUUCACAAAGAUGCAUCAGAUUUCCAGCCCACUCUGGAAGAAUUAUCAGUGUUGCGAAUGAAUACUGAAAAUGGACAUGAGCAGAUGGUUGGUGUAACUUCCACACAGUCUUCUGAAACCACACAAAAGCCCUCAAUGUUCGGAAUACAAAGGGCUGGGACAGCGCCCAUCCCAAUGACUCCAAAUCCCACCGAGCUACCCAAGGAAACUAUGCCUGGCACCAGAAUGUCUCGUUCUGAGCUCAUGGUGAACAACAGAGCAGACGCAGAGGAGCCAUUCACUGCCUCACCAUCUCUAACUUACCUGCCUGCGGAAACUGGGAGCGCCUCUGAAAUAGUGAGCUCAGAAUCUGUCAAGGUGCACUUGGAUCGAAUGACGGUCGCUGCAUUUAAUGCCAAAUUGAUUCCUUCUACUGCACUGCCUUCUGAUCCAAGGGAGAAUGGAAGUGCUUUGGAAGUGCUGACUUCAGAGCCUAUAAAAACCAUCAGAGAGAACAGCACAGUUUUGGGUGGUCAUCGAAGGUUCUCUCUUCCAGCAUCUGUAGACCCAGCUGUCCUAUUUACAAAAAGUGGCAGCCCUCCAGUGAUACAGAGGUCAGACGCACCACCACCUGCUCUCAGGUUUUCUCUCAACUUUACAGUGACAACUGGUAUUGCAAGGCUAUCCACUGGCCAACCAGCUAGUCCAGAUUCCAAACGGGAACGCCAUCCCGCAGCCUUGGGAAAUGUUUCUCAGGAUAUUCAGGUCAAACCGACUCCGUCUGUAAGCCCCUCUGACUAUUUGCCUACAGCGACCACAUCCUCUUCCACCAAACCAGACCGCCCGACCUCCCCUUUUCUUCAAUCAUUGGAAAUGACCUUGACUAAUGCCCCGAUCAAUAAUAACGAGAAGCGAGAAAUGGAACUAGCCCCUCCUUCCUCCAAAGAGAGCACAGGUCAGUUAAAGCUGCCACAUACCACCAGAACCCAUGACUUUGGACAGACUGCCCCAUCUCACACAAUGACCAAUUCAAUCACAAAAGCUAAGCCAAACAGCACCAUGUCAGAUCACGUUAUUCUGGACGAUGGCUUUGGUUUAAAGUUACAAACACCACCUUCUGUUGGAGACAAACCUCCUGAAACCAAUUUGGAUUGGCUGAUCGUGGUGGCAAUUAUUGGGUCGCUUCUCAUCAUUAUAUUUGGCGGACUGCUGACCGCAUACAGUAAAAGGUUGUGUGGACGGAAGAAAAGUCUGGCUAUCACGAGGCCCCAGGACGAUAAUGCAGCCAUCAUGAAGAAUGGGAAUGGGAGAGACUUGGUGGACGAGUCUGGCCUGAAAGCCGACAUACAGAGAUCAGAUGAGUGGAUUCAGCUGAUGAGUAAAGAUAACGUAGAGGUUGUAUCGGAAUCAGCCGAAGCUACCCGGUUAAUGAGUGGCAAGGAAUCAGGAGAACCGUCUCACAGAGAAAUAGUGACAACCACAGCAGACGAAGAGGACAGGAGCUAGCUGGGGAAAUGGGGCGGUGAUGCAGUUCUGCUCCUCUCA